GGAGUUACCAGUGACCAGUGCAAACAUGUAUUUAUUCCUGAUUGUAGUAAUUGUUUUAGAGUGCUAGUAGUGUUUGAAGGUCACUUUUAAAAAAAAUAGCCGUUUUAUGAAGCUCAUGUGAACUGUGUUACAAUUACACUCGAUUCAUUUCGCAUAACAAUGUAAUGCUGUAAGUGACAAGUAUGGCUUCACAAUAAAAUAAAGAGAACGAGACUGAACGCCAGGUUGUCUCACCUGCCAUGACGUAGCCUAAUGUAUGCAAAGGCUUGUGGAAAGCACUGGGAGAUUGGAGUCGAAGAGGAAGUUGGGAUAGCACAAUAAUAUCACCACAGUCGCCGCCCUGACGUUCACCAGACCGAAAGAAGAUUUUGAAAAGUUUUUUUUUUCAAACGUUUGCUCCCGCAAAAUUGCGACUUUUCCAUAGCAGAACAAUGGUACACUGGUAACCUUGGACUGAUGGUGGUGAAGAUCUGAAUUUGGGGGACGAGAGCACUGUUUCGCAUGUCUAAGAUGCAGUCAGACACCUCCGUGGGUGACCAUGCGCCCCUGCUACCGGACGGGUGCUUUUCCACGGCUCUCCAGCUGGACUGCCACUCAGAACCCGGGGAGGAGAAUUAUGGCAAAUCGCCGAGGCCGGUUCAGAGGGUGGAGCUCUCCAUGGCCCUGCCCCUUUCAUUGAAGGAACCAAGGGAAAUGGUGCUCAGCACCCAAAGCCAGGCGGCCCUGAAACUGGGCACCCAGCAGCUGAUCCCCAGGAACCUGGCGGUGGCCACCCGGACCAAGACGCGCCACCACACCACCGUGGGCAUCAUGCCCGUGCCCCGGUUGCCCGAGGUGCCCCAGGUGGAGGGCGCUCCGCCCGUGCGUUCGGAGGUGUCCUGGGAGGACUACGACAGCGACGGCGAGGGCGUCUCCAUCCGCAGGAACCGGCGAAAUAAGUCCUACCGAGCCGCCGUCACGAGCCUGGACAGCAGGCCGCUGCCCGCCAGCAAAGCCAAGACCUCGCUCGGCGUGCUGAGUGAGGAGGCCUCGCCCACCGCCGAGUCAGCGGCCAGCUCCCGGCCAGCAGUCACCCCUCACGAGGCCCGCCUGGGACCUGGCAAGAGAACUCUGGGAAGGAAGAAGAACCAGAAAGGCAGAGGAUCUUUUAAAGAUGACCCCCGGCUGUACCAGGAGAUCCGGGAGCGAGGCCUGCGCUCCGGCGGCCAGGACACGGACGAGGAGCUGCUGGAGGAGCCCGCCGAGGCCGAGCGCUCCGAGCGGGACAUCGUCGUCAAGAACUACCGGCCCACGCAGGUCACCUGGAGCCAGCUGCCGCAGGUGCAGGAAAUGGGCAUUCUUGAGAGCAUCUCAGCCGAGGAAAGAAAGCGCCAGGAGGCCAUAUUUGAGCUCAUCACCUCCGAGUUCUCAUAUCAGCACAGCCUGGGCCUCCUGGUGCAGAAGUUCCAGGGCAGCGAGGAGCUGCGUCGCACCAUGACCCCCAUCGAGCACCACCACCUGUUCUCCAACAUCGCUGACAUCCAAGCCGUCAGUCAGAGGUUUUUCGAGGCCCUGGAUAGCCGUCACCAAGACAACCCUUUGAUCAAAGACAUCAGUGACAUCGUGCUGGAGCACUCGACCACACACUUUCAGCCCUACAUCACCUACUGCUCGAACGAGACCUUCCAACAGAGGACCCUGCAGAAGCUGCUUGCAGGCAACGCUGUGUUCAGGGAGGUUCUGAAGCGGAUUGAGAACAGCACUGAGUGUGGAGGUCUGCCUGUCAUCUCCUUCCUCAUUCUGCCCAUGCAGAGAGUGACCCGCUUGCCAUUACUAUUGGACACAAUCAGCCAGAAGACAGACGAAGAGACUGAUGAGUACAUCAGUGCAGUGCAGGCUCUGAAAGCAAUCAGUAAGCUGGUGAAGAAGUGUGACGACGGAGCGAGAACCAUGGAGAGGACGGAGCAGAUGUACACCAUCCAGAAACAGAUGGAUUUCGGCAAGAUCAAGCCUUUCCCGCUCGUGUCGUCCUCCCGCUGGCUUCAGAAACGAGGGGACCUGGCUGUCUGCACCGAAGAGCUUGGCAUCUUCUGGAAGGCCUUUGGCCAAAAGAGCUACUACCUGUUCCUGUUUAAUGAUGUGCUCAUCGUCACCAGGAGGAAGAGUGAGGAUAGUUACGUGGUGAUGGACUACGCCACCCUGGAGAAUGUGGAGGUGGAGCUGCUACACUCAAACGGACAGCUAUCCCCGCCUAUCAAACAGAGUGGCUCCUCCCCAUUCACCAUGAAGCUUCUGAUGAAGAGGAAGAGUGACGGGCGUGCCGAGCAGAUCGUCCUGGCCGCCGAGUCUCCGCUUGAACGGGCUCGCUGGGUGACGGCACUGAGGAAACGAAAGCAAGCGGAGAGCACCAGCAGUAAGGAAGACCUGCCACAGUGCGAGGUGACCAAAGCCUACAUCCCCAAGAGUCCAGACGAGCUGGGGCUACAGCAGGCUGAGGUGGUCAUUGUCCUUCAGAAAGAGGAGGGCUGGUGCUACGGGGAGCGGAUGCGAGACGGAGAGACGGGCUGGUUCCCUGCGGGCUGCGCCACGGAGAUCACCAACCGCACGGCCGUCCAGCGCAACGUGCGCCGCAUGGAGCGGAUCCGCAAGGAAACCGACGUGUGAGCCGCCCCGCCAGGAGGGGGGGCCGGCGAGGCUGCGGGACCAAGUGGUCCACCCACGUGUUGUUCAGAAACCUGCUUUACCUCCCUCGCCAUUUAAAGACGUUCACAAGGAAAGGAGUGAGCCCGUUCUAAUGCAUACUAGUAUAAUUAGGAAAAUUUGAGCUGAAUUUCCUGUGCAACAUGCCAUUUGUAAAUUAUUUUUUAAUGACCCAGUAAAACUGCAUCCAUGGCCGCUCACUGCCUUCUGAUUAAAGUUAGCGUUCAUUAGAUAUAAAGCCCUACCCUGAAAUAUGACCAAGAAGCAAAUAUUCCCAUAGUAUGGUGUACUAGGUUUUGACUUUUACAGUACAGCUCAUAAUUCCUACAAGAGAGCUAGAGCAGGGCCAAAUAAAGUCUUGUUUUGAUGGAUGUACGCAAGUGUUUCAAUUUUAUUUAUUAAGUAUAGGUCUAAAUCUUUUGGCUUAGCAAACACUACAAAUGCAAUGUUGUGAUUGUACAAGGUCUUCUGAAAGAAAUGGCCCAAUUUUUUUAUAGAAUAUUUGUAAUGCCCUAAGUUACCAGAACUCCAGAACAUAUUCUAGCCAUUUCAAAUAUUGAAAUUAACUAAUAUUCUGCAUAACAGCUCUUAGCAGACAUAUACAAGAGCCAAGUUAGAAGCAGUAACAAAUCAUUUUGCCUACGUCACCACUUGGACACAGGCCAUACAGCAGAAAAACCUAUUUAAGAUGAAAGGAUUUUGGAGUUAAAUGUAGUGCCUAGCAUACCUCAGCCGCAGACUCUCCUGGAAGCGUGUACAUUAGCAUUUACCCUCUCUUGUGCCCCAUGUCCUAUUGGUGCUGUGCAUAAACAAUCUACCGUUUUAAUGGUAUGUUAAUGGAUCUCACAAGCACUUUGUGGCAAGUGACCUACAGACCAUUAUGAAGAACUACACAAAAUCUCAAAAAUUCAUUGAUUGUUUAUGCAGGUAGGACAAGGCUAGGAAUGCACUGGGAGCCCUCUAGUGGUCAACUUUAUGAAGUCCCCAUACAGAGUUAACGUGGCCCAAUCACAUGUGCCCACACAAGAACAGCCAUUUUAAGCACCAGUGGCCUAAGAAACACAAUGAGUGACGCACACUUAAUUAAAAAAAUGAAACUACUCGGUACAGUUCUUUUGACUUUUAUUUGCGCUUGCCUUUUAAAAUUCAUGUUGUAUACAUAAAAAGUUUCAUUUAAAAAUGUCAAAUUGACCAGAUAUCAAAUUACUUUUCUUUUAAAAACCUUUUGGUGUAAAAACUUAAGACCGAUUUAGAAAAAACGUCUGCGGUUUCAAAAGAAAAAAAAACUCAUUUCUUAGCUGUCACAUAAAAAGAAUGGAAAAAGAAAA